AUGUCCGGCACACACAAACCCGAUUUAAUAGCACGAGGGGACGGCUUCGUAGUCGCCAAGUGUGGAGAGCUGAUUGUGGCGGGAGUCUACUUUCCUCCCAGUCGAAGUGUUGCUGAAUUCGAGGCUGACCUUGACGGGCUGGGUGUCGUCCUCCAACAGCAUUCGCUCCCUUCUCUUGUGGCGGGAGACUUCAAUGCUAAAGCCACGGCUUGGGGCGCAAGGCGGACGGAUGUUCGCGGAACCAUCUUGCGUGAUUGGGCCGUUGUACAAGGGCUGUCAGUUCUCAAUACUGGGACAGAGUCCACAUGUGUGCGACCGCAGGGCGAAUCGAUAGUGGAUAUUUCUUUCGCCAGCCCUACAGUGGCACAUCGGGUCACUGCCUGGAGGGUAAUGACGGAGGCAGAGUCAUUAUCGGAUCACCGGUAUAUCACUUUUAACGUCUCUACCUCCAACACAAGCAUGCUAGCGCCUAGCCCACCUCGAGCGAAUAUUUUUCGGCGUUGGAAACUGACGAGCCUAGAUAGAGACAUGAUGAAGGAGGCUGCCCUUGUCAAGGCUUGGAGCCCAGUUGGCAGGGAAGAGGUAGAAGUGGAGCGGGAGGUGGCAUG